ACGUUUAAAGGAAGUUUAAAUGACAGUAAUAAAAAAAUUGUAUCCUUUUGCGGAACGUAAACAUCCUUCGCUUUCGCCGACUCAAAAUACGAGAAAUAUUUUAGCUGUUGUAAAAUUACUCUAUAUAUAAACACAAACAAAGUCAAUCCGAUCCUAUAAAUUCAUUCAUUACAGUGGAGUUGUCACCAAUUUUAACACCGAGUUUAACGACGUAUUUAUUCAAAAAUGCGCUACUUUUUCGUUGUAUCUAUAUUUAGCGUUGUAUUUGCGUAUGAAAAAGACAUGACUUUUACUGUACCAGCUGGUAAUACUGAGUGUUUCUAUCAGAAAGUGCUAGCGAACGAAGUAAUCGACGUUGAGUACCAAGUUAUAGACGCAACUCACGGUGAGCUAGAUAUCUCCUUCCAACUAGCAGACCCUGUGGGAAGGGUGAUUGUUGCUGAUUACAAAAAACCAGAGAACGCCCACCGGCAUACUUCAUACCUCGAAGGGGAUUAUAGAUUUUGUUUUGAUAAUAGCUUUAGUACAUUCAGCCAAAAAACUGUGUUCUUUGAUCUAAUGAUAGAGACAGAAGACUCGCCAGAGAAAGACUAUGAUGAUGACAAGGAAAUGGAAUUGGGUAACGCAGCAGAAACAUAUAUGAUGCGUGUAAAAGACAUAUCAGAAUCUGUGAAUAAGGUAAAAGAUCAUAUGGCAACAGCUCGCAGGCUGCAGGAGCUGCUGUCAGCUCAUGAGGCCAGAGAUAGAAAUCUUGCCGAGGAUAUGUGUUCAAGGGUUAUGAAAUGGUCGUUGUGGCAGAUUGCCGUUAUGCUUCUAGUCGGAAUCACACAGGUUGUAUUCGUGAAGAGUCUCUUUCAGGAGCCCAACAGUAGCAUAAAGAAGUUUGUACCUAAUUUCUUGUCGCAAUGACACCAAAGAUUGUUAUGUUUUAUUUUAAUUUAAGUUCUGCCAGUUGGUGUAAUUAGGUUUUUUAUCUGCCAUUUUCAAAUUUAGACAAAAAUUAACUGACUUUAUAGUGAACACAAUUUAGUUAUGUUUAUUGUCAAGCUCAAAUUUAAUAUUUCGUUCUUAUAUAUAAGUGCAAAGAUUUUUUUUCAUACCUACUAGGUUCAUUUAUUUUUAUAUUUUAGUAUAUUUAGGGCACAAAAUAGAACAAUAUUAUAUGUAUUUGGUAAUAGGUAGACUUUUUGAAUUUGAAGUUUUUUCUUAUGCAUGUUAUUUCUUAUCCUCUUGUGUGUGAAGCGUCCCAAUUUGGGACGCUCGAAUUUUUUUCUUGUCUGUGGGGCGUCCUGUUUCGGGACGAUGACAGUGUUUAGUUUUGCGCGUAUUUUGCGGUGUAUAUAGUGUUUACUCUUUUGCACUUAGGAAAAUCGGAACAGUAAGUAUUAUUUAAUCGUCCUAUUCUAGGACUCUCCACAGACAAGGAGACUCCUGUCUGUGAGAGCGUUUUGUAUUGGGACUCACAGAUGGGCUAAUUUUGACAGUUAACAUACGAAAGGUUAUGUUAUUUAUACCAAAGCUAUAAUUAAAACUCACAUAGCUGUAAGAAAAAUAAAGGCCAAAUUUGCCAUUCUGAAUAAUGUCUUUUUUCUUGUAUUUCGUUUUCUAAAAUGUAUCUUUAUAAGUCAUAAACUAAAAUAUCGCCAAUAAAUAGUUAAGAAAUUGUGGCGUUAUAUAUUUUUAGAACAUUUAGUUUUAUUUAAAUCAAUUUGUGAUAAUUUUGUUUCACAUUACGUUCAUAUAAAUAGGUGUUAAUAUUGAGAUGCAAGUGAUUUAGUUAUUAUAUAAUAACCGAAUUGUUAAAAGUAAAGCAAUAUCUGAUUCCCGCCACUUUUCUGUUACGUUACAUUACAGGUAUGAGUUUUAUUUUAUUAUUUUUG